UCAGAUUAUAGCAAUGGUUUAGUGAUUUUGUGCCGGUGUGAUUGCCUUGAAAGCCGCCUCCUGCUAUGGAGAACCUCACCAUGGAUAACUUGACUAUGGAGAAUGACACGUCGGCGCACGGGAACCAGACCCUGGGCGUCUGGACCGACUACACGGUUGAGUACAAGGUGGUCAGCAUUUUCCUGGUGUCCCUCAUAUGCGGGGUGGGGAUCGUGGGGAACGUCAUGGUCAUCCUGGUGGUGCUGACCACCAAACACAUGCGGACCCCCACCAACUGUUACCUGGUGAGCCUGGCGGCCGCCGACCUGAUGGUGCUGACCGCCGCCGGGCUGCCCAACAUCACCGACGCGCUGCACGGCCAGUGGGUGUACGGCUACGCGGGCUGCCUGGGCAUCACCUACUUCCAGUACCUGGGGAUCAACGCGUCCUCGUGCUCCAUCACCGCCUUCACGGUGGAGCGCUACAUCGCCAUCUGCCACCCCAUCAAAGCGCAGUUCCUGUGCACUUUAUCGCGCGCCAAGAGGAUCAUCAUGCUGGUGUGGGCGCUCACGUCCGUCUACUGCGUCAUGUGGCUCUUCCUGUCCGACACCAAGAAGUUGGUGUACGACAACGUGGUGCUGCUCAGCUGCGCCUACAAGGUGUCCCGGAGCCACUACCUGCCCAUCUACUUCACGGACUUCGCCGUGUUCUACGUGCUGCCGCUCAUGCUGGCCACCGUGCUGUACGGGCUGAUCGCCAGGAUCCUGUUCCUCAACCCGCUGCCCUCCGACCCCAAGGACAGCACCAAGAAGUGGAAGAAGGAGACGGGCCAGGCGGGGAGGACGAUCGGCUCCAGCUCCUCCAGCAGCACCACGGCCGCCUCGCGCAGACAGGUAACAAAGAUGCUCGCCGUGGUGGUGAUCCUCUUCGCCUUGCUCUGGAUGCCCUACCGGACCCUGGUGGUGGUCAACUCCUUCCUGGACAAAGCCUACCUGGACACCUGGUUCCUGCUCUUCUGCCGCCUCUGCAUUUACCUCAACAGCGCCAUCAACCCCGUCAUCUACAACGCCAUGUCGCAGAAGUUCCGCGCCGCCUUCAAGAAGCUGUGCCACUGCGGUCCCCAGCGCACGGAGAAACCCACGUCCUACAGCGUGGCGCUCACCUACAGCGUCAUCAAGGAGACGUCCAACGGCGAGAGCCCGGACCACUUCACCACGGAAAUGGAUGAUUUACACACUCCCUCCGAUCAGUAUCUCCACGCCGGCAUGCUGCCCAGCGCCAAGAAGACCCCACAUGAGACGCCGUCCCUGUUGGCCAGAGAUGUCAAAGCCUGACUGUCGAGUCGAGCUCACAUCCUGACAGCUACAGUCUGGGUUCAGUGAGGUUUUAAUUAAAGAGCGCAGCCACUUUCUGUUUCAAUCCUCCAAAGUGUUUACUCUUGUAAAUGUUUUUACCCGACAAGAACGUUUGCCAAAAGCUAAACAGGAUGCAACAAGAUGAGCUUGUAGGAUUCUUAGCAUUUUGUAAAAAAAAUAUAAGUGAAUGGAGGAAUUAUGAAUUGUACAAAAACACAUUUUCCCGCCACAUCUGUGCAGCAUCAAUGCUCAAACU